CCAGCAGAUUCGGACAACACAGAGCAUCAACUAAUGGACAAAACCCAGCCAUUAAAUGGGUCAUUUUAAGCUUGGAAAAGACGGCUACUUACCAGAAUUUAGCAAGCAAAACCGAGCCUAGUAGGGGGUAGAAGCCGACGACAGAGAAGAAGAAAUUCUGCAGGGGAACUCGUGGCUACCCAAAAAUUGGAAGGAAACAAAAGCAAUUAAACUAAACCCAGCCUAAAUCAAAGUUAAAGAGAGGGAUUCAUGGCUAAAUCUUACCAGAAAAAGCCCAAAAACCUCACACCCACAUAGCAGCCGACGGACAGCAGAGGGAGGAAGACGCAGAUCUGAGAUUUUCUGGGUUCAACAGGUGUUCUAAGACAAGAAAAUAGGGAGAAAUCCCCAAGCUUUGCCGGAUUUCCUGCCGGAAAAUGGGUGGCGGUAACGGGGGAGCUCGUCGGGUGCAGAGGGUCGGGGGAGAGGAAGAGCAGGGCACGCGGCCCGCGUGUUCUGCUCUUCCCGACCCUCCCCUGCACUGAGCAAAAACAAAAAAGGGAGAACCCAGCCAUGCUUGAGGGAACCGGUGAGAAAGCUUGAAGAUUUCUCCUCCUUUUCUUGUUCUUGAACCCAGAAAUCUCCCUCCCCUGCUGGAAAAGCCGGAUCUGCCCUGCUCUGCUUUGUCCUUCCGCCGGCUGCUCUUGAUUGUGGGUGAUUUCUGGGCAUUUUUUUCGGUAAGAACAGCCCCUAAUUCCUUUGUUCUUGCUUGAAUUGGCUUGGGUUAACUUUGAUUGCUCUUAUUUCCUUCAAUAUUGGGUAGUUCCCGUGAGCUUCCCCUGCACUUGCCGCCGGCUUCUCUCCCCCUACAGCUUCGGUUUCUACAGCUGGAGAAUUAUGGUUUCCGAUCGUUUUGUCAGUUAGCACUGAGAUUGAGUGCUCGGUUUUAUGGAGUGAGGAAGUGAAACCGAGGACGGGGAAACCACGGGAAGUGACGAGUUAGAAGGCUAGCCAUAUUGUAAUUGAACAUAGAUUUUAAAGAUUUGAUCUUCAGAUUUUGAUGGUAUCAGAGUAUGAUAUGAUUAAGUUCCGAGCCUUGUGCACUUGUGGGACCCGUCUCACGAGUGUACGGCGUCUGCCACGUCCCCGGAUUUGGGUUCUGGGGCGUGACAAUAUGAAAUUCCUCCUACACGAGGAAUUAUAGUUGAUCGAAAACACCGUCUCAUUGAUAUUAAUCCAAAUAAAAAAUUGAGAACUUAUGAGCCUUUUAUCUUGGCGAGUCAAGCUAAACAAGUGUAUUACAUUCUAUAUCCAUUACAUAAUUCUUUUAGAAAGGGAUGGCUUGCUACAUUGAAAUUUUGGGCAAGAAGUUUUAUUGAGAUGCUAGAUGAACAAGAGAAACAACAUGAUGAUCCAGAACCCAUUUUUUAGGAUGAUGACCCUCUAGCUCCUCAACUGACCCAAUUAGAUGUCAUAUUAUGUGAACCUAUUCAACAUAUUGAUGAGACUAUAUUUGCUAUUUACGUAGAAUUUGAGGAUGUGGAUGAUAAUAGAGAAAUUAAGGAAGAGGAUAAAGAGGAAGAAGAAUUUGAAGAUUAUUAUACAUCUGAGGAAGAAAAUAUUGAAUGUAUUUCUGAGAGUGAUAGUAGUGAUUAAUUAAUUAUUAACAUAUAUAAACUUUGUUUAUAGUUAGUAAUGUAUGUAUGUGAUAUUUUAUAAUACAUUGGGUGAUUUUAU